AGAUUUGGUGCCGCAGACGAAUUUCUUAUGGCAGUACCUGUGCAAGGUAUGGUACCUGUGCUUGGAUGACACAUGCUGAAAUGAGGCAGUGACCAACAGUUGCUGCCCUUACCCUGGCUCUCCUGAAGCAGUGCCGUAUUUGUUGUUACAAAUGGUCACAUAUGCAAAGAUGAGGGGAGGAGCAGAACUACACCAGUGAGCCCAUGGUUGGGAAGCAGGAGAUGCACAGCAAAACCAGGUGCUGCGGGUUUGAGUGGGAAGCUGAAAGCCAGGUGUGCAGGCACAGUGCGGGCAGGGGCUUUGGUGGCUCCUUUGGGGCUGCGCUUGCACGUAUGGAGCACUGCCUUCCUGUGCCUGUACCAGCCUGUUCCCAGAGCGUGCUGCUUUGCCUUCUGGAACUUAGAAGUCAGUGCAGAACCUCUCUGUGCAAACAAUGAGUGGAAAGAGAAGCUGUUCUCUGUGCCUUCUCUGGCACAGGAGUAGGACAUCUUUUCUAAAUUUUGAAACGGUUGUUUCUUUCAGUUGUAGAUAUGGUUGCCUUGUUUUAAAAGGGAAAAAUACCGCAUUAUUAGGACAUGGAGGUUUUUGUGGUGUGCUUUUCUGUUUUUGUGGAACUGGCGCGUUAGCUGCGCAGCCAUCCAGAGGUGCCUCUUCCACCACCCUGACCGUCUCCCUCCAUCUCUCACCCCGCUCCAGGUCCGGGCUGUUCUGUCUGCCCUCCUCCUUCCCAAAGCCCGAGGACCCUCCUGCCACUGCCUGCGCCAUUCCUGCUGAUCCCACGCACAGUGAGAUGCAGCCGCAGCCCGGGGACGACCAGGUGCCGCCGCUGCUGCCCGCGCCGCCCGGCGUUGUGCCGCCGUACCCGCCCUACUUCGAGGGAGCGCCGUUCCCACGCCCGCUGUGGCUGCGGCACACCUACAGCCAGUGGGUUCCACAGCCGCCGCCGCGGGCCAUCAAGAGGACGCGGCGACGUUUGUCGCGGAACAGAGACCCGGGACGGCUGAUCAUGAGCACCAUCAGGCUGCGGCCCAGGCAGGUGCUCUGCGAGAAGUGUAAAAAUACCCUGAACCCUGAGGAUGAGAAUGCGGCGGGGCAGAACGCUAAAACCAGGAGGAAGCUGAGCGUUCAAGACAAGGAACAGAAAAAGCACAGCGACUCUGAGUGCCUGGAGAAAAGGAACAAAAGAGAGAAGAGAGAGGAUGACAAGUUUGCCGGGGAGCUGGUGCAUCGCACGCCAGUUAUCAAAAUAUCCUACAGCACGCCGCAAGGGAAAGGCGAGGUGGUGAAGAUCCCCUCCCGAGUGCACGGCUCAGUGAAACCGUUCUGUCCUGAACAGCUGCUGCAGAACAGAGAGGAGGACCGGGAGGAGGUCGGAGAUGCUGAGCAAUGUCAAGAAACCAAGGGCUUCACGGACAAGGCAGUGGGCAGCCAGCUUGCUUCCAUCCCCAAACUGAAGCUGACGCGGCCGGUGCAUCCCAGUGCUGAUGUCCCGCCUCCAAAGAUCCGGCUGAAGCCCCAUCGCAUCAACGACGGCCAGAGCGUUUCUAUCUAUAAGGCAGAACUUAUCGAUGAGAUAAACGUCCUUCAGAACAGCAGGGAGACGAAUCCCGGUGCAUUUUACGCCAAUGAAUCAGCAGACAGAGGUUUGGCCGAGAUCUCUUCGGGGAGUUCGGGUGAAGAUGACGACUUUAAAAGGUUUCCCCAAGGUAAAGACGGACACGAAAACUUGGCUUUCCUUAUGAAUUACCGGAAGAGAAAAGCGGAUUCUUCUAGUUUGUCAGUGUGUAGUAAUGACAGUCUAGACGAAUCCAAGUCUUCUAGUUCGGAGGUAACAUCACCAGAAAUGUGUGACUUUUUACCUGGUGAUGAUGCGUCUGUCUCUUCAUCUUCAAAAGAUGAGCGUAAAAUUGUGCCACCCUUGACAGUUAGGCUGCAUACCCAAAGCGUGUCUAAAUGCGUCACUGAAGACGGAAGGACUGUAGCAGUGGGGGAUAUUGUUUGGGGUAAAAUUCAUGGAUUUCCGUGGUGGCCGGCGCGCGUUCUUGACAUAAACCUUAGCCAGAAGGAAAAUGGGGAACCUUCAUGGCGAGAAGCCAAAGUGUCGUGGUUUGGUUCUCCAACGACUUCAUUCUUAUCUGUUUCAAAACUUUCUCCUUUCUCUGAAUUUUUCAAACUGAGAUUUAAUCGCAAGAAGAAAGGGAUGUAUCGCAAAGCUAUCACAGAGGCUGCCAAGGCGGUGGAGCACCUGACUCCAGAAAUAAGAGAUCUCUUAACACAGUUUGAAACAUAACUGUGCCACCAGUAUCAGGUCCCCAGGAGCUCUCUGCUGGAGACAGGUGGAGCCCAGGCAGAGACAAGCAGGUCGGCUUUGUAGAUGCCUUUGUAGCCCACUGACCUGGGCUGUGGCUGUGAAUCCCACCUGAAAUCCAGAAACUUCUCAUUUCUUGGGUAAAAGCUCUUCUGUUACGAAUGAUCACCGCUGAGGGGAACCUCAGGCUGCACUGCAUUCCCCAUUCUCCGAUGCCAUUAUUGUACCAUACAAGUGCCAAAGAGCAACUAUUAAUUAUUGCUUUAGGAGAGGCAUUAGGGAAUGUGAUUCCUGUCUUGCCUUUCAGGCUGAGGAAUAAUUGCUCUACCCAAUAUGCACUCCCCUGGGAUUCUCCUGUACAUUUCCAUUAGCUGCAGCUGUAGGACAAUCACCAGCUCCAUGGGAGCUCCAUUCCCCACCCGCUGUCGCUGCAGGCACUCUGGCCUGGCCUGGUAUGGGACCCGGAGGUCCCUCCUGUGGGACUGUGGUCACUUGUGCCAUGGAAACAUGAGCUCGUCCCACACAGCGCUGCGAUGUGUCCUGCUGGGAAAUUAAUCAGAGGAAACGUGAAGGCAGUGACCUCAGUGUGCGACUCAGGAUGAAUCACAGUUACUGACAGAGGCGUCUCCAUGCCACCGUGAGUUUGGCAGAAGCGAGUCCCUGUGCUCAGAAUGGGAAAUGCACAGGGACAGCCAGUGUGGCACAGAGCUGAUCUCAGAGGUCUUUUCCAACCUCAAGGAUUCUGUGAUUCCAGUUAAGGUGUACGAAAAGCAUUUUUUGUCAUCUCCAUAAAGUGCCUCAGCUGCACAGCGCACAGCACCCUGACAAUGGCUGUGUGCUCACUGCCUUACGAGGAGUUUUGUUGCCAUUCAAGGUGCCGUUUCACAAAGCUGAUUUCCACACUGAAAAAUGCAAAUUUCAUUUCUUGUGGAAGACAGCUAAUGAAUGCUCCUCAGCAGUUACCCUCAUUAAUAGCUCCAUAAUUCUCUAAUGAAUAUUUAUGAGUGGUUAGCUGGAAGCAAGGUACCUUGGUGUGUACGGACAGAUACUUUGUAUAGAUUGUGUUUGAAAUUAAAAUAAUGGUAAUUUUUUUGGUGAAGAGUGCAGUGAAACAGUGGAACAGAAUGCAAAUAGCCACAGGUGCAGCAUUUCUUUUCAUCGAUGGCAGCUAUGUGUUAAUCAGAGGCUCUUGCCAGGAGAGGUGUGCUUGAGGUCUCUGGGUAUCCCACAUGGAGCCCACACAGCCCUGCAGCACGGUGUUCAUAGGGCUAUAUCCUGUGUGUGUCUGACUGUGGCAAUCUCCUUAUUAGUACUGCAGUCAUAUAUCAUAAGAGCUUUGAUUCCCGUCUGCUUCUCUUUGUAUGUGCACAGACUGCAAUGGUGGCUUCUGACCAAUAGCAGGAAAAAAAAGCAAGGAAGCUUCAUGU